AUCACUCCCGUCCCCGGAGCAAAGCAAUUAACUGCACGCACACGCACAAGUCAAACGUGCAGCUGAGGCACCGAUCAUCGCUACGUUAUCCUGACUGACGUGUGCGUUGCCAAAUCAAGCUACUAGCUAGCUCGUGAGCGAUCGAGUGUGUGUCUCGUAGCUAGCUAGCCGCCCGCCGGCAAUGGGUAUUGCGCCGGCGUCAUCGUCGUCCGUCGCCGUGGUGGUCGCCACGGUGGUGGUUUGCCUGUGCGGCGCCUUGGCGCGCGCGCAGGCGCAGGACAUGGACAAGGAGUGGGCGCGGCCGCCGUACCGCGGGUUCUUCGGCGCCCCGGGGUCGCUGCUGCCGCAGUCGGACGUGGACCUGCUGGAGUUCCCGCUGAACCUCGAGUACCUGGAGACGGAGUUAUUCUGCUGGUCCGCUCUGGGCUACGGCCUCGACGCCAUCGACGCCAACCUCACCGGCGGCGGGCCGCCCUCCAUCGGCGGCCAGUCCGCCUCCCUCACCCCGCUCAUCCGCGACGUCGCCAGCCAGUUCUGCUACCAAGAAGUCGGGCACCUCAGGGCGAUCAAGCAGACGGUGAGGGGCUUCCCGCGGCCGUUGCUGGACAUCAGCGCGGCCAACUUCGGCAAGAUCAUCGAGCAGGCGCUGAACGCGACGCUGGACCCGCCCUUCAACCCCUACGAGAACAGCGUCAACUUCCUCAUCGCCUCCUACAUCAUCCCCUACGUCGGCCUCACCGGCUACGUCGGCGCCAACCCCAGGCUCCUCACACCUCAGGCCAGAAAGCUGCUGGCGGGGCUGCUGGCGGUGGAGUCGGCGCAGGACGCGGUGAUCCGGACGCUGCUGUACGAGCACGGGACGGCGCGGGUGUCGAGCUACGGGGUCGGGGUGGCGGAGGUGACGGCGCACAUCUCGGACCUCCGGAACACGCUGGGGAGGAGGGGCGUCAAGGACGAGGGCCUGGUGGUGGCGCCCGAGCUGGGGCCCGAGGGCCUCACCGUGGGGAACGUCAUCGCCGGCGACCACCUCUCGCUCGCCUACGACCGCACGCCAGAGGAGAUCCUCGGCAUCGUGUACGGCACCGGUAACCCCGCCCAGCACGGCGGCUUCUUCCCGCAGGGCGCCGACGGCCGCAUCGCCAGGGGGCUCCUCGCGUAAGCAGCAGAGGGAUGAAGUUGUCCCCUGCACAGCACGGCGCAGGCUGUAGACUAGUACUAGUAGUAUACUAUACAUGCAUGUUUCUGUGUUGGCGUAUGUAGUUGUGGCGUGGCCUUGAGUGUGUGCGCGCGCGCGCGUGUAAACUGGAGGAUAUACAUGAAUGUUGGUGGAAAUAAAUAAAGUAAAUAAAGGGUUGAUGCACUAUA